CACAAGUUUCAACUCUUACAGCAUGGCAUCUCUUCAAAUUCUCUACCAGCCCCAAGUUGUUAUACAUGUCCUGGUUCUGUGCUUAAUUCUGGAGACUGCCUCUGGUCAGGAUAAUAGGAACAAUUUACUUUCACUAAAUUUGAAAGUUUCUUCAGUGAACAAGGCAAAUGAAUUUGCAGUAACACUCACAGUUACAAAUAAAGUGGAUAAAUGCAUGGUGGUGAAAAUCAGUAUUGAGGACAAUCCAAACAUCAAAUACCUUUCUGCUAAAGCAACUUACACUGCUUGCAUUUGUACUGUAAACAACUACUUUUGGGAUAUUCAAGUGUCUGCAAAUACUGUUAUACAAGGCAAAGCAGAAGUUGUUUCAGCUAAGGACAUAUGCCCUGAUGGUGAAAACAUAUUUCCAGUAACUUCAUAUAGUGAGACGGUUACAGGUGAAAUCCUUGUAACACCACGAACUGGAAGAUGUCCCCCAUAGAUCCAUGGUACCAAACCACAUGAGGGGAUGCACACUCCUUUUGUAUAUCAAUUUCUGUAGUAAAAAUAGAUUGUGGUGAAAUUAGCUCUGAAAAAUAUCAGUGCGAUAAAUAAAUUUCUACAUCUUCAAAGUG